AUGGUGUAUGUAUCUACCACUGUGCCAAAACUGUUGUCCAUCACCAUCACAGGUGACACCUCCAUCUCUUCCUCAGGUUGUUUUGUACAGUUUCAUUUAUUCGGACUUUCUAUUGAUAUAGAAUUUUUUCUUUUAAUCUCUAUGGCUUAUGAUCGCUAUGUAGCCAUUUGCAUUCCUUUACACUAUCAUCUUAUCAUGAGCAAAAAAGUUUGUGCCCUUUUGGUUGCUGCAUCUUUUCUUGCUGGAUUUCUGAAUUCUUUAACAUUCUCUGUGCUGAUGUCUAAAUUAUCGUUCUAUGACUUAAGAGAAAUCAAUCAUUUCUUCUGUGACCUCCAAACCAUUAUGAAUCUUUCCUGUAGUGACACCACUAAUUUAAGGUUGUUAAUAUCUGUGGAUGGAGCAAUCUUGGGCUUUUUUCCAUUUGUAAUGAUUUUGUUGUCCUAUAUCUUUAUUAUAUCGACCAUCCUAAAGAUCAGAACCUCAGAAGGAAGGCUCAAGACCUUCUCCAGCUGCUCUGCACAUCUUACAAUUGUCAUCAUUUUCUAUGUAACAUCUCUGAGCAUGAAUGUGAUACCUCAAUCAAAACAUUUUUCAGAUGUAAACAAAUUACUUUCCCUGCUCUAUGUUGAAGUAGUUCCUAUGUUGAAUCCACUGGUGUAUAGCUUAAGAAAUGAAGAGGUUUUAAAAGCUAUUAAAAGGUGGUUAAAAACUCUUAUAUAA